AGAUUCCGCGUUCUUGUCAUGUUUCAUGUUUUUGUAACAUAAAUAAAUAAAUAAAAAUACAUGAACUUGAGAUAAGAAUCUCUGAUUUUUGUUCUUAAUGUUUCAUGUAGCUGUUAUGUCAUAAGCAAACAUACAAAAAAAGAAAAUAAUACUUGGUUUCUCCUUCUACAAGAUGUUGGCGAAAACGGGGUUAUUGAUAAUUUCCAAUCCUAAGCAAAUAGCCAAAAUACUGUCUACUAUAGAAAGUCAAGUGAAAAAUACCCUUUACAUUCAAUUGUUGUCUGCACUGAGUGAUCCAUUCGGAAGCUUCUACCCCAAAUCAUUCACCAGCUGGCCAAAAUAUAGUCAAACCAUAUCAAAAAUCUAUUCACAAGCAGCACACCACUGCAACAAUUUGGACGUCAAAGUACUGCUUUCAGGAAUCAAGUACAAUAUCCCAAAAAUUCAAACCCAAAGACCAAUAGAUUUGAUUAUAUUUGACAAGCCAUACUCAUCAAAUGAAAUAAAGACCUUCAUCAAAUCUAGAAUACAAAAUAUCACUGAUGAUCACAAAAUUGUUACUUUGGACUCUACAGAAAUCUCUACCAUUGAGGAAGAAACAAAUGAUCAUGUUGAAGUUUUCAAACAUACAGUUCUUGGGGGUACAUUUGAUAGAUUGCAUUUGGCUCAUAAACUUCUUCUAAGUGAAGCUUCUUUGCGUGCCAGCAAUAAAGUCACUAUAGGGGUGACAGAGGAAAAUAUGCUACAAUCAAAAACCUUAUGGGAGCUCAUAGAACCCAUUGCAACCAGAUUACUAAAUGUUGAAAAUUUUCUGAAGGACAUUUGUCCAGAGCUUGAAUACAACAUUGUCCCAAUUAAUGAUCCCUUUGGACCAGCAAUCACAGAUCCCUCCAUGGAAAUGAUUGUUGUCAGUCAAGAAACUAUUAGGGGUGGAGAAAAAAUCAAUGCCAUUAGACAAGAAAAUGGUUUGAAUGAAUUGAAAAUAGUAGCAAUUGAAUUGGUGGAUGAACCCAAUCCAAAUCCAAUAGAAGAAGUGAAAAUUAGCUCUAGUACAGCACGUAUCAGAUUGUUAGGGACACUAUUGAAACCUGUCAAACCAAAUGAAAAUAUUCCACACCUGCCUUAUGUCAUAGGAUUAACAGGUGGUAUAGCAAGUGGGAAAUCGGGAGUUUCAGAGCAUUUGAAAAACCUAGGGGCUCAUAUCAUCAACUGUGAUUUACUAGGACAUGAGAUAUACAAACCAGGAAAACCUUGUCAUCAACAGAUAGUGGACACAUUUGGUGAUAAAGUUGUUUCUAAUAAUGGGGAAAUCAAUAGGCAGGCCUUGGGUGGUAUAGUAUUCAAUAAUCCAGGAGAAAUGAAGAAAUUAAAUAAUUUGGUAUGGCCAGCUAUAGCAGAGGAAGUGCAAAAAAUAAUAAAGACCUGUACCAAAAAAGUUGUUGUCAUUGAAGCAGCUGUAUUAUUGACAGCUGGAUGGGAAAAUCAGUGUCAUGAGAUAUGGACCACAGUUAUACCUAGAAAUGAGGCAGUGAUCAGAUUACAGAGAAGGAAUGGGCUGACAGAGGAGCAGGCCAAUAGCAGGAUUGAAUCUCUGCCUUCUAAUAAAUUUUAUGUCGAUUCUGCCAAUGUAGUAUUUUGUACAUUGUGGCCGGUGGAGUAUACCAAGGAGCAGGUAGUCAAGGCGUGGGGCUUAUUGGAAAAAAGAAUGACUUUGUGAUAGCAGGGGAAAUUGUUGGAUAUUUAAUAAAUGUGGAAAAUAUAUUUUUGGGAAGUU